CACAGCACCAUGGUUCCUUCUCGGAGAAGGAAUGGUGAUGGACUCGAAUAAUGUCGCGGAAACGCUGCUAUAUUUACAAACCUUGGAAGAGCAGGAAACCUCAACAACAGCCACCACUAUACUUCUUGGGGCUUUUAAGUUUCUCACCACCACAAUCAACCCAGAGCAGCAGUGUCCUUCAACCAAGAAGCAGCCAUGUCAGGCGUGCAGCUACUUGACUCGGUGCAGCAAUCGCUGGAUCGAAUAUGCGACCUUAAAAACCAACCACAGCCGAACGACGGCAUCAGAAGAAAGCUUGCAUUGCUGACCGAGCAAGACGCCCUCUACGUGCUAAACCAAAUUUACAACAGCAAAACUCCCAUCAGAACCCUCAAUGGAUUCAUCUCUUUCAUGAUCAAGGAACUAGAAAAUGAAUCUUCUUCGUCUUCUUCAAGAGCAGUGUGGACCCCUCAGAGUCCCUCUGCUUCUUCUUCUUCUUCUUCUUCUUCUUCUUCAUUUACUAGUCCUCCACGGCCUGAUCAUUCUCAAGGUGAGAAAAUCCAGUGUGGUUCUCCUGUUAAUCGACAGCCACUCUAUUCUUCAGCUUCUCCUUCUCAAGUUUCCCCGACUUCUUCUUAUCAGAGCCAUUCCUCUCCUACUAUUACUGAUGCAUCAUUUUAUUCCAGUUCUCAGCCUCAGGAUGAGACUCCCAACCCAUCCCCCGGGACAGUGUGCAAUGGACAAUCACCCUAUUCCUUCCCUUCUCUCUAUCAAAUCCUAUCUGCUCCUUUUAAUACUCUUAGACAACUCUAUGAGUGGUUCCGAGGUAUUUGUAUUUCUCCUUUUCAAACCCUAUCUGCCUCUCCUGUUACUCCUGUUCAACUUUAUCAGAGCUUUCAAGAUCAGACUUUCAAUACUUUUUUCAAUGCUUUGCGUUUUGAUCAAUGGUGGUUUAUGUUACCUUAAACCAAUUGUCUCCGUGAAAGUCUGAGUGCGUGUUGAUACAGGUGAGACUGUCACUCACUCCCCAGUUCUUUACCAUCCUGGAGACCAUGGACCAGCACACUUAGAAGCUCUGGGAGAACUCGAUUUCAGAAAGCAAUUUCUGAUUUUGAGUUAUGCUGGAGGAACGAAGUUAAAAGAUGUAAUAGAAGCG